CGGCCGGGGAGGCCUGGGCGGUGGGUCCUGCUGCGCGGUAUCGCGGGCUCGCGCAGCCAGGGGAGCGGGCGGGCCAGCAAGGUUUGCUUUCUUGUGAGGCCCAGGCUGGCCUGGAGCUUUCCGCAAUGCCCCUGCCUCGGCCUCCUGAGGUCGGACUUAGACGGCUCCCUGAGCUAUGGCUCAGCGUUUUCUCGAGGCGUGUGAUCUUAUCCGUGGUACGUGGGUGAGCCUCUCUGGAUUGGGCCGCCUGAUUUUUUUUUUUUUUCAUUACAUCGGGGACUUGUGCCUGCCUUUUUUUUUUUUCUCAAGGUUACUUGAUCAUUUACGGAUAUUGUUUCAAAGUUAAACUUUUAAACCCGGAUGGAAGAAAGUCGGCCUUGGCCCACGCCUUUUAAUCCUAUCUUGAGGCAGAAGCCGGCGGCCUGGUCUACACAGGGAGUUCCAGACCGGGCAGGGGUUCAAAGCUGAGACUGUAAAUAAAAUAGGAAAUAAUUUAUUUUGGCAAUCGCUUUGACCUUUUUAGUGGGUGAUUGAGUCUUAGAUCCGAAGGUGGAAUUCGGAGCCAAUGGGUCUGAUUUUUUUUUUUUUUUUUUAGUAAAGGGGAUAACAUUUGAGGACUGUAGAAAGGUGCUCUGAAGCUUCAAGUUGUUAAGAAUGAAUGUAUUGCAUUUGGUCGCCCUAACUCAAAACAUGAGCAUCAAAAUUCAGGUCAAUGAUGAGCUGGCAUGUAUUCUGAAUCUAAAGUUGAUUAUUAACCACUUUAGCUCUAGAAUUACUCUGAGACCUGAAAAGUACCACUGUGAUCUGGUUAUGUAUGGGUCUGGGAUGACAAAAGCCAACAGUGUAAAGGAUGAUGAGCUGUCUGCUUUUCUCUCCGAAGGGUACACAGCAAAAGGACGUUACCAUCAAGUCAGAUGCCCCCGACACCCUGCUGCUGGAGAAGCAUGCCGAUUAUAUUGCCUCCUAUGGCUCGAAGAAAGAUGAUUAUGAGUACUGCAUGUCUGAAUACUUGAGAAUGAGUGGCGUUUAUUGGGGCCUGACAGUGAUGGACCUCAUGGGACAGCUUCAUCGUAUGAACAGAGAAGAAAUACUGGUGUUUAUCAAGUCAUGCCAGCAUGAGUGUGGGGGAGUAAGUGCUAGCAUUGGGCACGACCCCCAUCUUCUAUACACACUCAGUGCUGUCCAGAUUCUUACUCUGUAUGAUAGUAUUCAUGUUAUCAACGUAGAUAAAGUUGUGGCCUAUGUUCAGAGUCUACAGAAAGAAGAUGGUUCCUUUGCUGGAGACAUUUGGGGAGAAAUCGAUACAAGAUUCUCAUUUUGUGCAGUGGCAACUUUGGCUCUCUUGGGCAAGCUUGAUGCUAUUAAUGUGGAAAAGGCAAUUGAGUUUGUUUUGUCCUGUAUGAACUUUGAUGGUGGAUUUGGGUGCAGACCAGGCUCUGAGUCUCAUGCUGGACAGAUCUAUUGUUGCACAGGAUUCCUGGCCAUAACUAGUCAGCUGCAUCAAGUGAACUCUGACUUACUCGGUUGGUGGCUUUGUGAACGGCAGUUGCCCUCAGGCGGACUCAAUGGAAGACCUGAGAAGUUACCAGAUGUGUGUUAUUCAUGGUGGGUGUUGGCCUCCCUAAAGAUCAUCGGGAGACUUCAUUGGAUUGACAGAGAAAAGCUUCGAAGUUUCAUCUUAGCAUGUCAAGAUGAAGAGACGGGAGGAUUUGCAGACAGGCCAGGAGAUAUGGUGGAUCCCUUUCACACCUUAUUUGGCAUUGCUGGAUUAUCACUUCUGGGAGAAGAGCAGAUUAAGCCGGUUAGCCCCGUCUUUUGCAUGCCUGAAGAAGUGCUUCAGAGGGUGAAUGUCCAGCCUGAACUAGUGAGCUAGUCAGAUAGGAAAGAUGCUUUAGUGUGCAAUAUGAAUUGCUGUAUUUGAGGUGUUUAUCAAGCCUAGAAGUGACUUAAUAUUUUGUAUAUCAUAUGUUAAUGAUAAAUUAUAUAAGUAUUCUAAAAUAAAUGUAUUUAGAUCUUUAGUCUUCUGAGUCUAGUUUUUGUCAAUACUGCUUAGAGCAAGUAUUUAACUGAUUUUAGUGUCCUACUGUCCUGUAACAAUGAUGGGGAAUGAUUUCUGUUAAUAAAAGUGAUAAAAGUGAGUGAACCUCAUGAUUUAAAUAAAAGACAGAAAAUUGA